AGCCCUUCCCCUCUGCGCCGCGACGGAAGUGGCGUCACGCACCGGAAGCGGAAGAGUUCCCGGUGGGGACGGCGGGCACCGGCGCGGUACCGGCUCGGGGCCGCUCCCGUCCCGCGAUGUCGCGCGCCACCAAGCGGAAGCACGUGACCCGGGAGGUGCUGGAGGAGCACGUGGUGCCCGCCCCGCAGCAGCGCAUCGUCAGGGUGCUGGGCAGCCCCGGGAACAACCUGCACGAGGUGGAGACGGCCGAGGGGACGCGCUUCCUGGCCAGCAUGCCGCCCCGCUUCCGCCACCACGUCUGGAUCAAACGAGGAACGGGGACGCGGAGCUGUUCGUUAACACCAACCGGGCGCCCGCCAGCGGGGACAGCGAGGACGACGACAGCGGGGACACGGAGGACGAGGACAGCGGGGACAGCGGGGACACGGAGGACGGGGACAGCGGGGACACAGAAGAAGGGGACAGCGGGGACACGGAGGACGGGGACAGAGGGGACCCGGGGGGGGCCGACGCCGGCCAUGGCAGCGGGGACGCGGCGCUGCCCCGCUCCCAGUCGGGGACGUAGGGACGCGCGGUGCCCGCAAUAAAGGGCUCACGUCCGCC